AUACAUUUAUGAGAACAUGAAGUACUCGUUACUUGGCUUUGUGAUUCUCAUUGCGGGCACAAUAGCUGCCUACAACAAAGUUAUUCGGGCACCACAAUGUCUGUUUAUGGCUGAUAUCGGUCCAUGCAAUGGAAGUAUUCGAGUUUUUGGCUACGACUACCUGACCAAUCGUUGUGUGCACUACUUUUAUGGUGGUUGUGGUGGAAAUCCAAAUCGUUUUGCCACAAGAUCAGAAUGCAUGAAGACCUGCUAUGUGGAGAAUGCAGAGGGUGGGGAUGAGGUGGAAGACGCCAAAUUUGAUCUUUACUACAAGGAUGAGCUGUGAAAAAAGGAAAAUUAAACACGGGUUCGAGAAGCGGCAGGCAGUCAAAUAUAGCAUUAAACGAUUAACUAAACUAAACAUUAACUAAACUGCAUUAGACUUUAAAAGGCUGGAAUUCAUUGGCUUUGGCUUUCCAUCAACUCGUCCACAAAAAUCCAAAGCUUCCACAAUUUCAAAACCUGCUUUAAAUAUAACUGGCAAACUUUAAUGAUUGGUAGAAUAAAAAAAAAUGUUUAUCUUUAA